AUGGGCAGCGAAACGAAAGUCUCCCCAUCACUCCAAACAUCAAAGACGUCCCUCCGCCCCUUCAUGCCACAUCCCACAUGCUCCGAUCGCGAAGUCACAAACAGUGGGAUGAAUUAUAUACAUCUCACCCAAACGCUGGUUGAUUCUUUCAACGCCCUCGCCGAUGAAGUCCAGAUCCUGACCGACAGGAAGACGAUCCUGGAGCACAAGCUGAGGUUCGCUCACGAACAGUACCAAUACCUCGCCGACAAACAUGCACCUGCUGCUCCCGAGAUUUCAGAAGUACUGGCAAAGCUACAGCUGCCUCCCGAACUAGCAAAUCCAUCUCUCGAAGAAGCUUCCCAAGCAGUCCCUCUCCCGAAGCGCAAUAAGCUGGACACCCGGAACCAAAUCGCCCUCAUCAUCCGAGACGGCCGGCGCGUCGCCCAACAACUGUCGUCCGUCGGCGAAACGAGCAAGACGAGCGACUCUAGCAGACAGACCUCUUCCCGUGAAGCCGAAACCGGAACCUCCAUGUCGACUGUGCUCGAGCAGGACUUUACAAUCGAGGGCAAGAAGGGACACCUGGAAUGUCCUUUCUCCGCACCAAAGACGGCGGAGGUGGAUGGCGCCGUCGAGCGUGAUGCGCGAAGCGCGGAAAACGGGUCGCAGGACCCCACGCCACACCACUCCGCCGACCCCAUUUGCGCUGCUAUGCUCGAAGAAUCCACGUCUCAGGCAGCUGCCAACGGCGGCUCGCCCGCGAAGUGCCCGAUCCGUUACCUCGAUCAACACUCCCCCGAAGAGAUUGCGCACUACGUCGAAACACACAAGCACGAACUGCCUCGCAGCCAUGAGGUCUGCGUGAGGAGAUACCAGAAGAACGAGGUGCAGAUCAAGAAGCUAGAUGCAAAGUACGGCAACCUGGUGAACAUGAUACAAGGACUUAGUGCGCUGCACCAGCCCAUGCUGCCAUCGUCUCAGCAGGAGCAGGAAGAGAUUGACCGGGCGUCGAACGAGAGGGUUGAGAACUGGGCAAAGGCCGUCACUGCUACCGCCACUGACGAUGCCGAACAGUCGCUGCCGGCGCUGGAGGAUGCCGAGGAGGCGCGGCAGAGUCACUUCGAUCGGCCCCUGAAGGAGGUUCGGGUAGGUGAGUCACCUAGCCGACCGUGGGGCAUCUCCGUUCCAGUGUACGAACGCAACGGCCUGGAUGGCGACGAACGGCCUCCCAUGUCCCCGCCACCUGCUCCUGUCUUCAUGCCAUCGGGCACAGACGUCGGGGAGACACCGGAGGACAUCCCGGCGAAGACUGGCAAGUGUCCAUUCGACCAUACAAAGAUGGCGGCAAUGGCCGCGCCCCGCGAAGAUCCCCGACCCGUCUCACCGCCGCCGGCGCCCAUGUUCAUGCCCAACGGAACGAGCGACCACGCCGGGUCUGCCCCAAAGACUGGAGGUAAAUGCCCGUUUGACCAUGCUCAGCUGGCUGCUAUGGGCUUCACCUCUCCGACGCCCAACACCGGCGAGCAGACCUUCGUGCACCCAGAGCCAGAGCCAGACCCGGUGGAACUCCCCUCAACACCAGUCAAGCCCCAGCCCCAGACUUCACACAGUCCUCCGCCGCCUCAGCCAGCCUUCAUAAACCCGCCUCUAGAUGCAUACAAGCAACCCCUCGCUGGCGGUGUCCCUCAGAUGGUGUUCACAGGACCUGUCUUCAUUGGUUACCCUAUCGAGCAAGCGAUACAAUUCAUGCAGCAUUUUCAGGGACGGCAAUAA